AUGGGUCGAAAUAGCGGCAUACUUUGGGCAAUGCUGCAGUCGUCACUCGUCGCGGGAGCGAUUUUUCUCUUCUUUGUUCUCAGUUACGGUGAUCUCUAUUCCUCGUAUCGCUUCCUCUACAGUGCCUUCGCAGUUGUAUCAACGUUUGGCAUCAUCACACUGUGCCUUCUCCCAUCGACUCCGCCGGUUAAUUUAGACGAAAGCCUCCAAGAUCCACUUUUUGAUGAAAACACGGAUGAGCUGGAUGUUUCAGCUUCUGUCGACAUAAGCCCUACUCGUGACUGGCGCGAAGAAUUUAGAGUGUUCACAGCAUGUCUUUCUGCUGCGACCGCUUUGAAUGGUGGAUCAGAAAAAAUAAUUGCUUAUGUGGUGUUCACAAUGGGAGCUGGACAGAUCAGCGGCGGCUUACUAUUUGGUGUAUUUCCCCGCAGUAACAAGUUAAAUCGUUCACAAAUCGUCAUUCUUGGUAUGAUUCUUCACAUCACCGCUUUCUUUUUAUGCUUCCUCAAUCUACCGAUGGAGGCUCCUCUGCAUAAAACCUCGGCUACUGGGUACAUUGAACCAAGCGUUUUCAUCGCAAUUGUGACUGGUUACUUCCUCGGCCUUGCUGAUUCGUGCUGGAACACCCAGAUUUACACGCUUAAUUGGUGUGGCAUACAAGGACGAAUCAUCGUGUGCUUUUGCCCUUUUCAAUCACUAGCAGCAUGUGCUUCCUUCUACUACAGUUCUAUCCUGCUACUUCACUGGCAACUUCUUAUGUUGUGUCUUGGAGCAGCGAGUGCUGCAGUCUGUUUCUUCGUUGUAGCCCUCAAAGCUGAAGAACAAGUUGAAGUAGACUGA